AUGGCACGCUCCUUCCUACGUCCUAAGACCGUGCUCGACGCCCGUGAAGCUGUCGCCAACGAAAAGUCCACCAUCACCGAGCUCCGCAAAGUCGAAGACGCCGCCGUCGCAGACGUUGCGCAGAAGCAAAUCGAAAAUGGCCUACGCUCCGUAACCGAUGGCGAAUUUCGCCGUGCAUACUUUCACUUGGACUUUCUCCAACAUCUGAGCGGCAUCGAGAUCAAAGGUCAAACCGGCCUCAUCCGCCCGCACGGCUUCUCGCCCCCCGUGCUCGCCGUGACUGGCAAACUCGGUCACCCCAAGCCCAUUCAAGUCGACGAUUUUAAAUUCCUUGAAGAGCAAAUCAAGAAGCACGGCGGCGGCGCGACCACAAAAGUGUGCAUCCCUUCACCCACUAUGGUGCACUUCCGCGGCGGCAGGGCAAGCAUCGACAUUGAAGCGUACCCCGACCUGGACGAAUUCUUCGAGGACCUCGCCCGUGUCUACCAGGAGGAGUUGGACAGCCUAUACCAGGCAGGCUGCCGCUUCGUCCAGCUCGACGAUACGAACCUCGCGUACCUGUGCGACCCCGACAUGCGCAAGCAGGCCGAAGACCGCAACGAGGAUCUCUCAACCCUUCCGCGCAAAUACGCCGAGCUCAUCAACAAAGCCAUCUGCAAGCGCCCCUCCGACAUGAAAAUUGGCAUCCACCUCUGCCGCGGAAACUACCGAUCCAAGUGGUUCGCAUCCGGCGGAUACGAGCCCGUAGCCGAAGUCCUCUUCAAAGAACUCAACGUCGACGCGUACUUCCUUGAGUACGAUGACGCGCGAUCAGGAGACUUCAAGCCGCUCCGCCACCUUCCUGAGCACAAGGUUGUUGUGCUGGGGCUUAUGAGCUCGAAGAAGGCGGGUCUGGAUGAGAAGGAGGAAAUUGUGCAGAGGUUGAAGCAGGCCUCAGAGAUUACGCCGAAGGGCUUGGAGCAGCUUGCGCUGAGCCAUCAGUGUGGCUUUAGUAGUACGGUAGAGGGGAAUGAGUUGAGUGAGGAGGAGCAGUGGGCGAAGGUCAGGUUGGAGGUGGAGAUUGCGAAGGAGAUGUGGGGAGCAGACCUGAGCAAAUAA